UUUUUUUUUUCUCUCUCUCUCCCUCGCCAAGUCCUCCUGUCAAGAGCUUAGCCUUCGUACUCCAUGAAACCUCUUCGCGUAUCAUCACUCGUCUGAAACUGUUAAAGAUAAGUUUACUAGGUUUUACAGCUGUAUGGAGGGCCUCGCCAAUAAAUCUUCAAAACGCUUCCCUUCCAAGAAAUCUUCUGGCACAGAUUCUGUUUGUGGGGAUCAUAAAGUAUUUCCUCGAGUUGGAGCUGAAUACCAGGCAGAAAUCCCUCUGAUAUUGGAAUGUGAUCGCAGGAAACUUAAAAAAACAUCAUUUAAUGGAGGCAUUGAAGUGGAUACUUCAGAUCAUGUGGUUGAAAGUAACCAGGAUGACACUAUAGACAAUGGUAAAACAGCAGGAUUGCUAAAUCUUCCAUCUAGGCUUAGAGGCAAAAGCGUUGAUAUUGACUCUGGUUCACUUCAAGAAAGGAAAGCACAUUUGAGUAAUUGUGAUGGCUUCCAUCUUGUUCCAGGCUUACCUAAUAAGGGUUGGAAGCAAAUUGAACAUUCGAGCUUUCUCCUUGGCUUAUACAUCUUUGGGAAAAAUCUUGCUAUUAUUAAAAGGUUUGUAGGGAGCAAAGAUAUGGGAGACAUAUUAUCCUACUAUUACGGCAAGUUUUACAAGUCUAAAGACUACCAAAGGUGGUCAGACAGUCGCAAGCUAAGAGGCAGGCGGUGCAUUUCUUGCCAAAGGCUUUUCAUGGGCGGGAGGCAACAUGAGCUCUUGUCACGUUUAUCUUCCCGUGUCUCUGAGGAAUGCCUUCGAAUGUUGAUUAAGGCUUCGAAAUUGUUGGGAGAUGGAAACAUUACACUGGAAGAGUAUGUGUUUUCGUUAAGAGACAAGGUUGGCAUCGAGAAUCUAGUUGAGGCUGUAGCCAUUGGCAAAGGGAAGCGGGAUCUUACUGGAACUUCCAUGGAUUAUACAAAAGCCAUUCAGUCGCUCCCUGUUCGUCCUAGACUACUGAGCACCAAACCAUGCUCCUCUCUCACAGCAACCGAAAUUCUAAAGUUUCUGACAGGUAAUUUUCGACUAAGAAAAGCCGAGUUGAAUGAACUUUUUUGGGAUGCUGUUUGGCCCCUUCUUUUAGCUAGGGGAUGGCACUCAGAGCAGCCUAGUGAUCUAUCGUCUGCUGGUACCGGGCAGUCAUUAGUGUUUCUCGUGCUAGAUGUUAGCAAGUUCUCGAGGAGUUUAGCGAAGGGAACUCACUUUUUCAACUCCAUUUCUGAUGUUCUCAAAAAGGUUGCAUCAGAGCCCAGCCUUCUUGAACAAGAAGUCAAUGCAUAUAACGACGAGGAACAGGAGGAGAAACGCGUGAUAAAUCCCGAGGUUUCACAGGAGCAAAACAAUUCUGCAAGCAGUCAACAUUCAAUGGAAUUUACAGUAGUGGAUACCAUCCUGUUUACUGGAGUAGGGAGUGGUAAAGUAUGGGAAAUGAGAAGUUUGCCUCUCGAUCGUUUGAGUUCUGCUUCAAGUGGUCAUCUAAGCGAAGAAAAUCAUGGUUCAGAUCCCAUGGAUGUUGGUAACGUCGAAGCAGCAUAUGGUGAUGCAGAUAACGAUAUAACUAGCAUUUCAAACGAUGAAAUCCCUAAUGGUCCAGUUUCAUUGAUUACAGAAGAAAAAACCACUCAAUCUAUCACAGAACUAAAACCUCGAUUCUCGACUCAAAUUGUAUCCAUCUCUGAUCACACAAACUUAGCUGUUUGCAGCAAUAGAGGAUUGAGCCAUAAAACUGAGAACAGGUACAUAAAGGAUGAGUGGUUGAAGGAAGGCAAACUCGACUCUCAAUCGAGCCUCCCAGAUGCUCCACCAUCUCAAAACUUUUCAUCAGACACUUGUUUCUCAAGCAGCCAAAGAGAAAUACAUGUAAGAAAUCUUCUCGAAAACAGUCUAGCCUUUGAACAAUCACAUAAAAACUCUAUAUUGGAUAAUCCAGAAGACGAUCCAGGGAAUAAUCCUGAUUCUGUGUCAGCUGCCAAUAAGUCUUCUAGUCCAUGUGAAACCGAGCAGCAUUCUGAGAUGCUAGAAUCCAUUAACACGGGAGCCAAGCUGUCUUCUAGUCCAUGUGAAACCGAGCAGCAUUCUGAAUCCAAUAAUGCUCCCGUCAUAAGUUGCCAGAGGCGAAGUAGUAGAUACAAACCAAGUGCACGAGCACUGGAAGCGAUUGCAUAUGGUUUCAUGGAAGCAAAAACGAAAAGAAAACGCACAAACAGUUCAACCUCAACGAGCUCUUCUCAACGUGUGCGUAAGAGUAAACAUUUGGUGGAUGAGAAUGUUACUGGAGAUCCAUGUAAGAAGGAAGCAAAUGACAACAAUGAUGGUAAGCAAUUAAAGAAAACUUGA